AUGAGAAAAGUAAUGACAAUGAAGGCCGUAGUACUAUUAAGCUGUCUGUUCAUGACAGUCAGUGGACAAACAAUUCUAAGCAGAAAUACAGAUCUUGGAGAAAUAAAUGGUGAAAAUGAUGAUUUUGUCAGUGAUACCUUUAUAAAUUAUCUCAGGAAACGUGACUGGAACCUUGGAAGUGGUAACAACGGAAAUGGUGACAAUGGAAACACGAAUCAAAACGUUGGUAAUUCGAAUACAGGAAAUAAUCAAGAAACACAUGUCGGAGGAAUAGGAAGCAGCAGAAGCCGUGGAAGGAAACGUGACUGGAACCUUGGAAGUGGGAACAACGGAAAUGGUGACAAUGGAAACACGAACCAAAACGUUGGUAAUUCGAAUACAGGAAAUAAUCAAGAAACACAUGUCGGAGGAAUAGGAAGCAGCGGAAGCCGUGGAAGGAAACGUGACUGGAACCUUGGAAGUGGGAACAACGGAAAUGGUGACAAUGGAAACACGAACCAAAACGUUGGUAAUUCGAAUACAGGAAAUAAUCAAGAAACACAUGUCGGAGGAAUAGGAAGCAGCGGAAGCCGUGGAAGGAAACGUGACUGGAACCUUGGAAGUGGUAACAACGGAAAUGGUGACAAUGGAAACACGAACCAAAACGUUGGUAAUUCGAAUACAGGAAAUAAUAAAGAAACACAUGUCGGAGGAAUAGGAAAUAGCGGAAGCCGUGGAAGGAAACGUGACUGGAACCUUGGAAGUGGGAACAACGGAAAUGGUGACAAUGGAAACACGAACCAAAACGUUGGUAAUUCAAAUACAGGAAAUAACCAAGAAACACAUGUCGGAGGAAUAGGAAGCAGCGGAAGCCGUGGAAGGAAACGUGACUGGAACCUUGGAAGUGGGAACAACGGGAAUGGUGACAAUGGAAACACGAACCAAAACGUUGGUAAUUCGAAUACAGGAAAUAAUCAAGAAACACAUGUCGGUGGAACAGGUAGCAGCGGAAGCCGUGGAAGGAAACGUGACUGGAACCUUGGAAGUGGGAACAACGGAAAUGGUGACAAUGGAAACACGAACCAAAACGUUGGUAAUUCAAAUACAGGAAAUAACCAAGAAACACAUGUCGGAGGAAUAGGAAGCAGCGGAAGCCGUGGAAGGAAACGUGACUGGAACCUUGGAAGUGGGAACAACGGGAAUGGUGACAAUGGAAACACGAACCAAAACGUUGGUAAUUCGAAUACAGGAAAUAAUCAAGAAACACAUGUCGGAGGAAUAGGAAGCAGCGGAAGCCGUGGAAGGAAACGUGACUGGAACCUUGGAAGUGGUAACAACGGAAAUGGUGACAAUGGAAACACGAACCAAAACGUUGGUAAUUCGAAUACAGGAAAUAAUAAAGAAACACAUGUCGGAGGAAUAGGAAAUAGCGGAAGCCGUGGAAGGAAACGUGACUGGAACCUUGGAAGUGGGAACAACGGAAAUGGUGACAAUGGAAACACGAACCAAAACGUUGGUAAUUCAAAUACAGGAAAUAACCAAGAAACACAUGUCGGAGGAAUAGGAAGCAGCGGAAGCCGUGGAAGGAAACGUGACUGGAACCUUGGAAGUGGGAACAACGGGAAUGGUGACAAUGGAAACACGAACCAAAACGUUGGUAAUUCGAAUACAGGAAAUAAUCAAGAAACACAUGUCGGUGGAACAGGUAGCAGCGGAAGCCGUGGAAGGAAACGUGACUGGAACCUUGGAAGUGGGAACAACGGAAACGGUGACAAUGGAAAUACGAACGAAAACGUUGGUAAUUCGAAUACCGGAAAUAAUCAAGAAACACAUGUCGGAGGAAUAGGAAGCAGUGGAAGUCGAGGAAGGAAACGUGAGUGGAACCUUGGAAGUGGUAACAACGGAAAUGGUGACAAUGGAAACACGAACCAAAACGUUGGUAAUUCGAAUACAGGAAAUAAUCAAGAAACACAUGUCGGAGGAACAGGUAGCAGCGGAAGCCGUGGAAGGAAACGUGACUGGAACCUUGGAAGUGGGAACAACGGAAACGGUGACAAUGGAAAUACAAACGAAAACGUUGGUAAUUCGAAUACAGGAAAUAAUCAAGAAACACAUGUCGGAGGAAUAGGAAGCAGCGGAAGUCGAGGAAGGAAACGUGAGUGGAACCUUGGAAGUGGUAACAACGGAAAUGGAGAUAAUGGAAACACGAACCAAAACGUUGGUAAUUUGAAUACAGGAAAUAAUCAAGAAACACAUGUCGGAGCAAUAGGAAGCAGCGGAAGCCGUGGAAGGAAACGUGACUGGAACCUUGGAAGUGGGAACAACGGAAAUGGUGACAAUGGAAACACGAACGAAAACGUUGGUAAUUCGAAUACAGAAAAUAAUAAAGAAACGCAUGUCGCAGGAAUAGGAAACAGUUGGGGCCGUGGAAGCAAACGUGACUGGAACCUUGUAAGUAGGAAUCACAGCAAUAGUGACUACGAAGACUACCGCAGCAACUUUGGUAAUUAUGUGAAUACAAAAAGAAAUAAAGAAACUGUCGGGAAAUGGAUGCCAAAAGAUAAAAAAAGGUAA